UGGCAAUGGCAUUCAAAGCUACAUGGAACUCGUCGUCGUCUCUAUUCAACAAGCUUGCUGGCCAUGCCAGGACUGAAAAGAGGGACGAUGGUGCAGCUGGUGCUUCAGCAAAGGAGACAGCGAAAGAGACAGUAUCUGUGCAGCAUCACAGCGUUGAGGUAGAUGGAUCUUGCAAUACUGGGGAUGGUGGCCAUACUGAGACCAAAACCAAAGAUGUUUGCAAACAUCUUGGAAAAAGUGAAGAUGGGAACAAGAACAAUAAUGGCAAUGACAAUGGAAACAGCGACGUGUUGAAUCAAAAAGAUAACGGCAGUAAAGAUGAUAGUAUCAAUGAUAGUAUUAUCGAUAAUGAGAUUGAUCCCCAUAAGACGAGAUUGAACUCGAAUCUGAAUUCAAAUCUAAGCAAUUCUUUUCUAUUGGCACCAAAGCAAAAUCAAAGAAGCUUCUCGAAUCCAACAACACACACUACUGGAACUAGUAGUACAACUUUGAGAUUGAAUUCUAAUUCAAAAAGGUUAUCGAUUACAAGAAUUGGCUCUGUGAGCCCAAAAUCUCCAUCUACUUUUGACAUAAACAAUUUGCUCUUAGCCUCUAAACCGAUAGCAACGGUCAAUUUUGAAACUGUUAAUUAUAAUAAUAGCAACAAUAAUUCUUCAAAUUUGAUCUCUGAUGUUCGUGAGUCUUUAACGAAUUCAAUAACCGAUUUGCGCAGCAUCAAUAAUAAUGACAAUAGUUCCUUAAUCUCAGUAGAGACCUCAAGUACAACAUUCAAUCUCAAUUCAAAUGGCAAUUCCACUGCAACUAGAUAUAACGAUUCCCCAAUAUUAUCAGAUCUAAUUCCCACCAUAACUUUAUAUUCCGAAAACGAGUCUUUAGAAAACAUGUUAAAUGAAUUGAUAUCAGAUAGCCAAUCCCAAUUAAAUUCAAAUCUAAUAAGCGCACAAACAGGUGUCAUUAUAGAUAAUUUAUUAAUAAAUUUUGAACUCUCAGAUGAUAGUCAUGAUUUAAAUCAGUUUCAUAAAAUGAAAAAACAUUUUUUUAUUUUGUCCUCCGCUGGUAAACCAAUUUAUUCAAUGCAUGGUUCCGAUGAUAUUAUAACUGGUUAUAUGGGUUUAAUUCAAACAAUUGCUUCGUAUUUUGAAAAUUUUAACUUAGACUCAAAUUUUUAUACCAAUAAUACUAAUUUUUCCUUUUUUAUAACAGACCCAAACAAUGAUUCAGUAAAAUCUUUUCAAACCUCUGAUACUAUUUUUGUCUUUUUAAAUAAAUCACCAAUAAUAUUGGUCGCAAUAUCAUCGAUUUAUCCAAAAGAAAGUGAAAACACCUUAACUUACCAAUUAAAUUUUCUAUAUGAAUUUUUAAUUUCAUCAUUAUCAAAACCUUAUCUAAUCAGAUCUUUUAAAAAUAGAGAUAAUUAUGACUUAAGAAAGCAUUUAGGAAGAGGAGAUUUAUCAAGAUUAGAUUCUUUAUGCAAUGAAUUUUCGAUGAAUUAUUAUUUAAAUCCAAGUUUCUUAAUUGGAGGAUUAGAAGGAAUUUACUUGAGAAAAAAAAUCAGAGAUAAAAUCAAUAAGAUUUUUUUAGAGUAUAGCAAUAAAAAUAAAAAACAGAAAAAUAAUAAUAGUAUCAACAGUGAUAAUAUUAAUAAUAACACAAAUCCAAGUAAAAGUUUAUUAUAUGGGUUGUUGGUUGCACCAAAGGAAAAAUUAAUAUCUGUCAUAAGACCAAGAAGACACACGUUACACACAUCUGAUUUACAGUUAUUAUUCAAUGUGGUAUUCAACUCUAAUUCAUUUAAAAACAAUAACGCUAACGAGGAUUAUUAUGAUUAUUAUAAUAGUAAUUCUAGCAGAUAUCAAUCAGAGGUGGGAUCUAUUAGAUCUAAUAUAACUAAUCGUACAACGGCAUCAAAUAUAUUUAGUAAUAUUAAUAACAAUAACAAUAUCAACAACAUGAGCAGUAGCAAUAGUAAUAUAAAUAGCAAUAUUAACAAUAUUAACAAUAUUAAUAAUAUUAAUAACCAAAAUAAUCUUUCAAUGUUAUCAAAAAGUGAAGAGGAAUUUUGGAUACCAAUAUGUUUACCGAAGUUUAACCCAAAUGGAUUUUUGUAUGCAUUUAUUAAUUAUAUUGACUUAAAUAAAUUAGAAUAUGAAGUUGAGGUAAAAAGCCAGGAAUUAUAUAAUAAACUUUAUAAUAAAAACGAUAAUACAGGUGGGAAUAAUGGUGAUAAUAAUGAUUUACGGAAUAUAUUAAAUAAUUUUAGCUUCAAUAUAAAUUCAAAUUCAAACUCGAAUAGUAAUGAAAAUAAUAAUGAUAAUGAAAUUAGAAAUGAAAUUAGAAACGAUAUGGGAAAUGAUAUGGGAAAUGAUAUUGGAAAUGUUAAUUUUGAUUUUAAUUCCAAUUUAAACUCAAGUGGAUUUUUUGAAGAAAAUAAUAAUAAAAUUGCAAUGGUAUUAAUUAGUGCAAAUAAAAAUGCAUUUUACGACUUGCGUAAAAUAUCCAACAACAUUAUAAAUUCAUUAAUUAGUAAUUCUGUUUCGGCUAAUAAUAUAAAUAAUAAAAAUGACCAAAAUUAUAAUAAUAAAAUUAAUGAUAGUAAUAAUAACGGUAUUGGCGAAAAUUUUGUUAUGAAUGUUAAUGGUAGUAAUAAAACAACGAAUCGAAAGAAAACUGAAAAUAGCAAUAACAUCAUUAAGAUGUUAAAUGACAGUUUAACAAGAAAUCGAGUAUCAGUAUUAGAUAUCCCUGCACCACUAAUUUAUCACUUUAUUUUCAAAUCUAAAAAAAAUCUUCAGUACGUUUUUGCAUCUUUUAAGCCUAAUUUUCCUACAAAAGAAUCACAACUAAAAUUAAUGAUACUAUAUUCUGAAUUAUUCUCCAAAAUCUCGGACAAGAAACUCAACAAGAAUGAUUUUAUCAAUUUAAGUCUUAACAAUUUCAAUGGAGAUAUUAGUGCAAACACAAACAACGUAAACCAUUUAUCUAAUACCAACAAUAAAAACAAUAAAAAUGGUCAAAGGUACGAAGCAUAUGAAACAAAAUGGAAAGGCAAUUCCAAGAAUAAUGAUUUAAUAGGCUUUUCGUUGAUUAGUGAUACGUACGAAAUCUAUCUAAUAAGUGGAGGGUUGGUUAAUAAUGAAUAUUUGAUCAAGAGUGCGAAAAAAAUAGUUCAGUGGUGCAAAAAGAAUGAAGAAAGAUUGUUUAUUUGUGGCGGAGCUGUUUAUUGAAAAAAUCAAAAACGGAAAACACAGAAAACAAAACGAAGUUUACGUAAAUCCGAAAUAACCCGUAAUAUCAUCUGCAAUACCGUAAUUUAUUUUAUACGAAAGGAUUUUGAGAACGGUAGCGUUGGUACGGAAACACUUCCAAACACGGCAGCAAUUCCGAAUGUCACUCUUUGUGCAUCAUUUUGCGCUCCCCGCACCAAAGGAAGUUUUGACCGUGAAAACGCUCGCUGAUCACUGCCAGAUGCAAAAAAUAUGUGCUAUAAUGCGGCUGAAAUGCAGAUCAACGCAUAAUUUGUCCUGGUGAGAGAGGUGCUUUGUAUUAGGCUUUAAUUUUGAGACAGAAUCUGGGGUAAUUUCCAGUAACGC